ACACAUAUACACGUACAUAUACCCAUACGGACAGACACACACCACCUAUCUACCGACAUGCUUAGGUGGUAGGUACCCACACUUACUCCGUCGCUGGUAGAACGACAAUAAUAAACGUGUUCGUCGCGCCGUCGUCAUGUUUCUCCCUCUCGCGCCCCGCAGCCGGAUGCUGCUAGGUCUUUUUGCACGUCGACGCCGAAGCUUGGCUGCCGGCUUGGGUUCCAUGGAAAGGGCAGGCAGGCAGGAGACAGAGAGAGAGGGAGAGAGAGAGAGACAGGGAGGGAGGAAUUGUCACGACCCAUGCUUACGUUUUACUUAUGUUUGUGCCUCUCCUGUGCAACGUUUCAAGGUCCUCUCUCUUCUCCAUCGCCGGCAGGCUUUCCCCCUUCGGUGGCCAUGCCGUAGUUUAUGGCGGCCAUUGUGCGUAAGGCGACUUGCCACACUGCUAUCCGAUUUGAUGGUCUUUCCCGGAGAAAGGAGGGCGAGAUAGAGAGCUGACUCGGCGGACAAUAUCGCUCCUGACAGCUAGCGUGUGCGUGUGUGUGUGUGUGUGUGUGCCGUGAGAAUGAGCGAGCCCAAGGCUCCCUCCUCUUCCCUCUCUAUCUCUCCAUGAGUGUACUACUCCAAACA